AUGGCAACGGCAACAACACAACGCCAUAAUGGAUGCCGCCAUCAGUGCCGUUUCAGGGUCACUGAAGAGGAGGAGGAUGUGCCUCGACUGUCGGAGUAUACACUUGAAGCUCUCAGAGAAUUCCUUGCGGAAAAUGCCGUGAGAGAUCCGACGAAUUUGGACGAGAAUUGGCAACUGAGUCAGUUUUGGUACAGUGACGAAACAGCAACGGCACUUGCAAACCAAGUGAUAAGGCUUUGUGGACAAAAUGACCGAAUCGUCUGCAUAUCUUGCCCAACACUGUACAGAAAACUGAAAGAGCUCGAGUGUCCACUGGAAACUAAGUUGCUUGAAUACGACAAAAGAUUCGCAGUCUUCGGUGACGAUUUCGUGUUCUAUGAUUACAACCAUCCUACGUACAUCCCUGUGGGUUUAACAUCCGAGGUUGUCGUCGCCGACCCUCCGUUUCUGUCAACUGAGUGUAUAGAGAAAGUGUCGGAAACGAUCAAGAUCAUUGCACCCAAGUAUAUCAUACUUUGUACAGGUGCCGUGAUGGAGUCCGAUGUCCAAAAGUUCCUGGGGCUAAAAAUGGCAAAGUUCAGUCCAACACACACACGUAACCUCGGAAAUGAGUUCAAGUGUUUCACAAACUACUAGAUAGAUCCAUACAAGAACACAUGCACAGUUUAUUCCAAAGAUUGCUUAUUUUAUUUACUUCACACAUCCAAAGAUAUUUUCUUGUAGCAUCUGACUGUCAUACGAUACCAAAGACGUAGAUAACUAUUUUCUGUACUCAAAAUGAUUAUUUUUUUUAAAUUGCGUAGAAAGACGUGUCGCAGCCUUUUCUAUUGGGCAUUAUAACAGAAAUUGGGGCAGUAUUCUUCCUACAUAGGGAUUCAAUCUAGGAUUGCAAGGACAGUUAACCGCUGUUGGCAUCUUUGAGUGACUGUCUAUGCCUGAAAAAAGAGUAACAUAUAUUCAUAUUAGGUACACUUAGUUUCCAAUGGUGAAGAAUAGUAGUUACACAGUAGUAGAACUGGUAGUUCGUAGUUCUAAUCAUGGGCGUUCCCAGGAUUUUUUCUAAAGGGGUAAGCAAAACAUACAACCCCCUCACAUCUUUUCCUGGAGAGGGACACUGCAGACUGUAAGGGUGUUCAGGGGUCCACAUUGCUGUACGUCUUAGAAAAAUCAUGAUUAAUAAAGAGAUGUCACUAGUGACCUUGAAGCUCU